AUGUCAGAGAAGUCAGGGCAGAGCACCAAGGCAAAGGAUGGCAAGACCAAGUAUGCAACCCUUAGCCUCUUCAACACGUACAAGGGCAAGUCUCUGGAGACCCAGAAAACUGCAGGUACGCUCGCGCUUCCAUCACACAAAAUGUCUGCCUCUCCUUGUGGCUAGAGGUGGAUUUGGGAUUGUCCAUAAUACAGGGAUGCAAACUCGUCGCUUUUCGGUGAUAUUUGCAGUUUUGAUCUGAAAAUAGACCAUCCACGUGAAUUGUGUAGAUCCGAAGAAGAAGAGAAAAUCGGGGGAAAUCCAAAACCUCGAGAAACAAAACCAAGAUAACGGAAUUUGGCACCAACAUUUUUUUAUCUUCCCUAUGUGUUCCUGUCCAGGGAGACAGAGAUUAUCAUUACAUGUCAUGAUAAACCUUAAACGCAGACCAAAGAGCCCAACUCCCUCCUACCCCAGGACACAAUUUUCUGUCUAUUGUGGUUUGGAAAGUUAACAGUAUUGAGAUUAAUCAAAUGUGUAUUAUAUACAGUACUUAUUCUCUGAAAAUAGGCACUUUUUUUUCCUUGCACUUAACACCGAUUUGUCACGCUUUUCCACAACAAAAAAUGUUUUUUGGGGGGUCCUCACCUGCUUGCAUCCCUGAAAAUAAAUGUGAUUAUGUAAACUCUGCUCCUUGCUAAAUGUUUCAUGCCCUCUCCUCUCCCCCUGUCCAGUGGCUGCCAGACAUGGGCUCCAGAGUUUGGGUAAGGUUGCUGUCAGUCGGCGUAUGCCCCCCCCUGCCAACCUGCCCAGCCUGAAGGCAGAGAACAAGGGCAACGACCCCAACGUUAACAUUGUCCCCAAGGACGGCAGCGGCUGGGCCUCCAGACCUGAGGGAGGAGACGAGAGGUGAGAUACUAGGGCUGCCCCUGAAUGAAUCUCUACACACACUGUUACUAGGUCAGAGUUAUUUCUCGGCCCUAAUAAUAAACUACUUCUCUCCACUAUCUCUCUCUCGCCUCCUUCCCCCCUCCCCUCCUCUUUGUGCUGUGUGUAUCAGGCAGUCCGAGACCCCCCCACUCCAGCCUAACCCAGGGCCCCCCCAACCCCCAGAGGUCUCGUCCUCUGUAGGGGGCAGCAGAUCCUGGGCCAACAGCAAGCCGCCACCACCACAGCUAGACGGAGGAGCCCCUCGUGUGAGCAGCCAGUUCCACCAGGAGUUCCCCAGUUUGCAGGCGGCCGGGGAGGCGGAGAAAGGGGAGGGGCAGGAGGAAGAGCCUUAUGGACCUGGACCCAGCCUCCGACCUCAGAGUACGAACACACACUCACAUCAUUCCCCAGUCUGUCCUCAGAACAUAAGCAUUACACUCCUUUCUACCCACUACUCAUGGACCAAACUACCCGACCUAAAGGUUGUUAUUCUACCACAGAAAUGACUGGUCUGUGUUGUCUUGUGUUGUCCCUGCUCCCCUAUAGAUGUUGGUAGUUGGCGUGAGGGCGGGGGCAAGAAUCUGACCACAGCAGCCAGCCCUUCUGAGAUGGACAGCCAUGGGUCAGAGGAGGGAGGGGCAGUCCUCAGCACCCCAUCACCCCCUGGGGAGGUGGAGGAGGGGAGCAGGGUGCCCCCUAGUGAAAAGCGAGAGGUCAGGGAGCGGCUGCUCCUGUCUGCCAAGCCUGCACCCCUCUCCUCUCAGCCCAAGCUACAACCCCCCUCCUCCUCCUCUGUGCCAGCCCAGCCUAAACUCAACGGGGGCCAGCAGGCCCCUGCCGGUGUGCCUCCCCAGUUCCACCCCCAGUUCAGGGGCAUGAUGCCACCCUACGUAAGUGAUGGACUGAUUAUUGAUUUGUAUGGGUUAUUGAUUUUACUUGGUAUUAAUUUAUGAUGCCCCGCCCACUUGACCCAGUUCAUAAUCGAACAUGAUUGUUUUCCUCCUUACGACCCAUUCACAGACAAGCAAAACAUUGUUAAAUAUGAAUGAAAUGUGUUAAAACUAUUACAUAACAAAAACGAAUCAAAAUACAUUUUUAUGUCACAUGUGCCGAAUACAACAGGUGUAGACCUUACAGUGAAAUGAUUACUUACAAGCCCUUAACCAACAAUGCAGUUUAAAGAAAAAUAGGUGUUCAAGUAUUUACUAAAAUAAACUGAAGUUAAAAAAGAAAGAAAGAAAAAUAACAAAUAAUUGAAGAGCAACAAUAAAAUAACAGUAAUGCGGCUAUAAAAAAAAAAAAUAUAUAUAUAUACAGGGGGUACCGGUACAGAGUCAAUGUGCGGGGGCUCAGGUUAGUCAAGGUAAUUGAGGUUACAUGUAGGUAAAGGUAAAGUGACUGCAUAGAUAAUAAACAGAGUAGCAGCAGCAUAAAAAUGGGGGGGGGGGGGGGGGGGGGGUCGAUGCAAAAAAAGUCUGGGUAGCCAUUUGAUUAGGUGUUCAGGAGUCUUAUGGCUUGGGGGUAGAAGCUGUUAAGAAGCCUUUUGGACCUAGUACUCCCUGACGAAGGCCAUGCAGCCGAAACGCGUCUGAGUUUUUAAACUUUGUUUCGAUUGAACAUGCCAUACAAAUAAAGGCGUUUUAAAUUAAUUAUAUGGAGUGCCUUGGUCCUCCUUUCUUUUUGAUAUGUUAAAUCUGUUGUGGAAAAUUAAUGAAAAAAUGUAAAUGUUUUUCACGUAGUGUAAACUCUCAGAUGCCGAGCAUCGUUAGCAUUAGCAUUCUCAUAGGCUUAGCCUGGAUGGGUUAGCUAGUUAGCAUAUUAGACUGUAUCUAAUGGUCGUUAUCAAUGCAGGCUGUAUCCCUUUUCAAUCAAAGAUCAAUGCUUGAAAUGGCAAUGUUGUUAGACACAGAAUAUCAAUGACAAAAGACAGAAACGGUGCCAAAAUGUUUUGUAGAUGACAUUAGGAUAUUUCCAAUCUGUUGUGCCAAAAAGCUAGCUAGCUAACUCACCCAGUCAAAGCCUAUGAGAAUGCUAAUGCUAACAAAUGUCGCCUUAAGCGCUUAUACUAACGAGCCCUUUCCCAACAAUGCAGAGUUAAAAAGUAAGAUCAAAUUGCAAAAAAGGAAAUGGUAACACAAUAAAAUAACAAGACUAUAUACAAGGAGUACCGGUACCGAGUCAAUUGAGGCAGUAUGUACAUGUAGGUAAGGGUAAAAGUGACUAGGCAAUCAGGAUAGAUAAUAAACAGAGUAGUAGCAGCGUAUGUGAAGAUUGUGUUUUGUGUGUGAGCAUAUGUUGUGUGUGUGUUGGAGUGUAUGUGUUGGUAGGGUCCAGUGAGUGUGCAUAGAGCUGGUGCAAGAGAGUCGGUGCAAAUUAAACGGGGGUCAAUGCAUAUAGUCAGGCUAUUCAUUUGAUUAACUGUUCAGCAGUCUUAUGGCUUUGGGGUAGAAGCUGUUCAGAAGCCUUUUGGUCACAGACUUGGCGCUCCGGUACCGCUUGCCGUGCGGUAGCAGAGAGAAUAUUAUGACUUGGGUGGCUGGAGUCUUUGACAAUUAUUUGGGCCUUCCUCUGACACCGCGUGGUAUAGAUGUCCUGGAUGACAGCCUCUUCCUCUGGUUUUAUUUAAAUUACAACUUUCCACAGGCCUUUAAAGCCAUAUAGUCUAGUAAGGCUAUAACACGGUAAAUAAUGUUUUGUGAUAACUGCACUUGGGGCGUGCUCGGCCCUCCGUUUCCUGUAGUCCAUGAUCAGCUCUUUUGUCUUGCUGACGUUGAGGGAGAUGUUGUUGUCCUGGCACCACACUGCCAGGUCUCUGACCUCCUCCCUAUAGGCUGUCUCAUCGUCAUCGGUGAUCAAGCCUACCACCGUCAUGUCAUCGGCAAACUUAAUGGUGGUGUUGGAGUCGUGCGUGAACAGGGAGUACAGAAGGUGACUAAGCACACACCCCUGAGGGGCCCCCGUGUUGAGGGUCAGCGUGGUGGAUGUGUUGUUGCCUACUCUCACCACCUGGGGGCAGCCUGUCAGGAAGUCCAGGAUCCAGAUGGAGAUGUUCAUCUCUGAGCUGUAGUCAAUGAACAGCAUUCUAACAUAGGUGUUCCUUUUGUCCAGGUGGGAAAGGGCAGUGUGGAGUGUAAUAGAGAUUGCGUCAUCUGUGUAUCUGUUGGGGUGUAAUGCAAAUUGGAGUGGGUCCAGGGUGUCUGAUGAUGGUGUUGAUGUGAGCUAUGACCAGCUUGUUUGUGACUGGUAGAAAAACAAUCGCAACAAAUUGGAUGCAGCCUUGUUGCCAGGCGUCAUAAGGUGAAUAAAAAGAUGUGCAAUAUCUUACCUGAUGUGGGAUGUUUUCUUGUCAAUAGUUGCUAGUUUGCUAAACAUUUCUUUGACCUUGCAGAGUAGGAUUCUCCUAGUAAUGGCCGGGUGUUGUGUGUUUCUGUGUCCUGUUCUAGAUGUUCAAUGCGUAUCCUAGGAUGCCCUUUGCUCCAGUGCCAGGGAACAUCAGAUACCCUGUUCCACAGGAUGGAGCCAGGUGAGUACGCACUGCACACUCCUACAUCCCAACACACUUCAUCAUUAUUACAACAACAUAACUUCCUAGACCUCGCAUCACCCAUUCCCCAGUGUACUGACCCUCCUGUGUGUGGUGUCCCCAGGAGGGUCCGUCCCCAACAGGGGCCCCCCCAGGCCUGGAUCAAGGACCCAGACAGACCCUCAAUCAUCAGCGCCACAGAGCUCAAAGAGCUUGACAACCUGGACACAGAGGCUGACGAGGGCUGGGCUGGUAAGAUUAAUCUGUAUUUAUACAUAAUGAUUUUUUACAUUCGUUACGUUUUAGUAGCUUUUCAUAUAAACUCAAUGUAACGGUAACCCUCAUCUCUCCCUGUCUGUUCUCCAGGAGCUCAGAUGGAGGUCGACUACACAGAGAAACUUAACUUCAGUGACGACGAGGAGAACCAUGCCGCCAAGGAGAAAGGAGAAAACUGGUGAGUCUCACUGAAGAAGGUGCUUCCUUUUCUGCCUCACUACCUGGGUUUGACAGACUGUGUUUGAACCAUGGUUUUCUGUACGCCUCGAGACUGUUAGAAUAGGCAUUACCAUGUAGAGCUAACACAAGAUGCCUAACCAUUGCUCUCUGUUUCUCUCUGUCUCUCUGUCUCACUCACUCAGGGAGUGGAUGGGUAAAGUGGAGCGGAUGAGGCCGCAGCGCCCCUCAGACGGCCAUGAGGGCAACAAAGGCUCAUGGGUAGAUGGAAGGGACCCCAGGGCGCCCUCCCCAGGCAGUAAGGGGGCGUACAAGACCGGCCCACCACAGGACCACCAGGUGAGGCUGAGGGUGGCUGUUUGACUCGGUUUGGGGUGUGUUUGACUGGAUGGAGGAAUCCAGGACUAAUGCACCAUCAAGAGAUUUACUAUACAAGUUCAUUUAGGUUUUGGAGGUUUUAAGGUAAAGUAGUAGUGUUAUUCAUUUAUUCUUUCUCUAUCUCUCCAGGGUCAGCCAGGUGGGCGCUCGGUGGGCAGCGGAGCCCCUCGCGUGGCUAAACCCUCCACCACUGCGCCCCCUGCUGGCGAGGAGGAGUGCGAAGCCUGGCGCCAGAAACACAAGAAGCAAGACCUGUCUGAAGCGGUAGAAAGAGCCAGGCGGAGGAGAGAAGAGGAGGAGAGGAGGAUGGAAGAGCAGAGACUCGCCGCCUGCGCAGAGAAACUGAAACGCCUCAAUGAGAAACUCCGCCCGGCGACAGAGGCAAAGCACGGCCCUGCCGCCGAGACAACCAAUGAUGAGACGGGAGCUGUGCGUGAAGGCACACCUCAUUUGUCUGUUCCUCCCCCUGUGUCCAGCCCUACACCUUCACAGCCUGCCCCUUUCUCACAGCCCCCGAACAUACCAGCCCCUCUCCAGGACAGAGAGAGGGUAGAGAGGGAAAGGAUUGAGAGGGUGGAGAGAGUAGAGCCUAGUGCGGAGGAGGAGAGUCCAUUUGUGCCUCGCCAGCCCAGCCCUCCAGUCCAGAGACCAUUGUCCAUACCUCCAGAGCCUCGGCUCGGAGAGGGCCCCCUGGGCCUGGUGGGUCCCCUGGGCUUGGUGGGCCCCCUGGUGGAGGAAAGCCACACUGAGAGACUGACUCCCAUGCCUAUCCGAGACUACUUAAGCACCGAUGAGAGCAGAGGUGAGCCCCCUGGCAGAGCCCUGUGUUUCCACCAACAUAAAUUAAACUGCUGCUUUACCUCCCAGUCUUUCACUCCCAGCAGUGCCACUCUUUGUUUAUUUCAAUGACAAGGUUUUGGUUUAAUUUCAGUGUGACUGACUACUGUCUCUCUCUCUAGUGGAGGAACCUGUGCCCCUCUCUCUGCCCCGUAUGGACCCCCUCAGUGGAGAGGACGCCCCUGUGGCCCCCCUGGACCUUGAAGGAGAGGCGGGGGCUGCCAUGCGCCCCUCUCUCACCUUGGGGUACUCUAAACAGUUCCAGAAGUCUCUUCCCCCGCGCUUCCUCAGGCAGCAGGUAUUGGACUGGUGUUGCUUUGUGUUUUUAUACCCAAUUUUACAUCUGAAAUUCUUCUUGGAAAAAAUAAAGUUACUAAAUUCAGUUACAUUCCAUCUCUGUACUCUGGAGUCCUGAAGGUUUAAUGUUGUCCAUGUUAUGUUGCAGGAACAGAUGAAGCAGCAGCAGUGGCAGCAGCAACAGCAGCAGGGUGGUGGGGCUGUGUCCCCAUCAGGAGGAGGUGCGGGUGGAGGAGGUGUAGCUGCCCAGCAGCAGCACCGCUCCCUGUACCAGCCCGUCGCCCCCCCUCACCAUCAGCAGCACCUGGCUAAUAUGGGCUUUGACCCCCGCUGGCUCAUGAUGCAGUCAUAUAUGGACCCCCGCAUAAUGUCUGGAAGACCACCGCUCGACAUGCCAAACAUGCAUCCUGGACCUGGUACGGAGAUGCUGACAUGUGUGUUUUGACUGUUUAGGUUUGCUUGUCUUCUGUGGGUGUUGUUGCCCUGUAUGUGUUUGUCACAAAUAGCCAUACAAUUUAUAGCGUAUAUAUAAACUGUAAAAUGUUAUAAUUUUGACUGUCCCUUCUCCUCGUUUACAGGGCGGAUGCCUCCUAAGCAGAUAGUUCGUAGAGAGCCAGGGGACAACUCCAGCUCCAGUUCUGACUCCUUCGACCACCUGACCAGGCCCAUACGGGACCACAGUCUCCCCUCUGAACCGCGCGUAGUAUGGGGGUCUGACCCAUACCCCCAAACUGAACCCCUGCCCUCUGUCACACCCCCUAAAGCACGGGAGGACAAGGAUACCAGGUGAGGAGACAACACAACACUCAGGCUGCAUCUUAAUACACUAACCUGGCUUUCUUGCCUCCACAGUAGAUAGGAAUGAGAGGACCCCCAUUUAGAGCAGAAGCCCUUCUGUCAUCAAGUGUGGUCCAAUUGUCCACCAAGUUCAUAGAGUUUUUGAUUAAAACAUCUCUCUUUCCCAGAUUGGACUCUGGGUUGGAGCUGGAACGGGGUCUCCCAGCCAUGUACGCCAGCCAGGACCACGGUCCCCUGGAACCCCACGGCAAGACCAACUUUUUCAGAGACUCCACAGAGCCCCUGUCAGUGUUGGGCCCCGGCCCUGAGGAGGCUCCAGAAACCCUGCAGAAAGAAGGAGGGCCUGGUGGGUCUCCCUUUGAGCCAGUGGAGCCUGGCCUGCCCACUGGAGAGGUGGAGGCUCUGGGACAGGCCAUGCUACAGAGAACCAUCUCCCAGGGCUCCAGCCACUCCCUCAAACUGGAUGAGCCCAGGUUUGACAACCUCCCCCUGGGCACAAAGACACUUGAGCUCCAAGAUCCAGAGGAGAGGCCAGGCGCGGAAGAUAUGAAGGCCAGUAAAGAGCCUUUCUCCCAGGCUGCUGUGGCCAACAACAGGGCCACCCCUCCAGCUGAUGGCCUCCAAAAGCCAGAGAAGCUGCCCCUGCCGGCCACCAGCAAGCAGAAAGCUGAGCUGCGCUGGGGAGGGAGGUCUGGGGCCGGCCGGCGGGACGGGCCAGGGGGAGAGAGGCCUGUACGCAGGUCUGGACCCAUUAAGAAACCUGUACUCAGAGACAUGAAGGAAGAGAGAGAGCAGCGGGAGGAGAGAGAGCGACACCGUGAGAGAGGAGAAAAAGGGGAGAGACCCAAGAAGGAGGAGCGAGGAGGAGGGAAAGCUGCCUCUGCGGCUGCUGCCUGCUGUGUCUGAGGGCCCCAGGGACAGACCCCAGGGAGAAAGAGAGAGGGACAGACCCCAGGGAGAAAGGGAGAGGGACAGACCCCAGGGAGAAAGGGAGUGGACAGACCCCAGGGAGAAAGGGAGAGGGGACAGGACCCAGGGAGGAAAGGGAGAGGGACAGGACCCAAGGGAGAAAGGGAGAGGGACAGACCCAGGGAGAGAAAGGGAGGCGGGACAGACCCAGGAGAGAAAGGGAGAGGGACAGCACCCAGGGAGAAAGAGAGAGGACAGACCCCAGGGAGGAAGAGAGCGGGAAGACCCCAGGGAGAAAGAGAGCGGGACAAGACCCAGGAGAGAGGGAGCGGGACAGACCCCCAGGGGGAGAGAGGGAGGGGACAGACCCCAGGAGAGAGGGAAGGGACAGACCCAGGGAGAGAGGGAGCGGGACAGACCCCAGGUGAGAGAGAGAGAGGGAGAGGGGACAGACCCCAGGGAGAGAGGGAGCGGGACAGACCCCAGGGAGAGAGAGAGAGGGAGAGGGACAGACCCCAGGGAGAGAGAGAGAGGGAGAGGGACAGACCCCAGGGAGAAAGAGAGAGGGAGAGGGACAGACCCGAAAGGGAGAGGGACAGACCCCAGGGAGAAAGGGAGAGGGACAGACCCCAAGGAGAAAGGGAGAGGGACAGACCCCAGGGAGAAAGAGAGAGGGACAGACCCCAGGGAGAAAGGGAGAGGGACAGACCCCAGGGAGAAAGAGAGUGGGACAGACCCCAGGGAGAAAGAGAGAGGGUGAGGGUCAGAGCCCAGGGAGAAGGAGAAAGAGAGAGGGACAGGCCCCAGGGAGAAAGAGAGAGGGACAGGCCCCAGGGAGAAAGAGAGAGGGACAGGCCCCAGGGAGAAAGGGAGAGGGACAGACCCCAGGGGGAAAGGGAGAGAGAAAAGGCCAGGGAGAGGGAUGGGAAGAGUGAGGCCCCUGAGACAGAGGGGUCUGGGAAGGGCCCCCAGAGAUCCAGAGACACACAUGCCCUGUCAGGAGCCCCGACACUACCCUCCCAGGACCACAAGACAGACCAACUACCGACCAAUGACAAACACCCUGAACCUAAAUUACCCUCUAGGAAGGAGUCCAACCUGCCUCUACGGGCCUACCGCCGUGAGGAGAAGGAAAGAGACCGGGAGAGAGAGAUGGAAAGGGACAGAGAGAGAGACUGGCCGGCUGAUGGUUUUAGAGGCAGAGGCAGAGGGGAGUACUACUCUCGAGGACGGAGUUUCCGGGGGACUUACAUUGGUCGAAGUAGAGGUGGCCGGGGUCGUAGUCGAGGGGAGUACCCUUAUCGGGAGCCGCGCUCGCGCUCAGACCUCCCUGCCGCCGGUGGCGCCGCUGCCUUCCGCUGCCGUGAAGAGAGCGAGACGCGCAGCGAGAGCUCAGACGUCGAGGUGAUGCCCAAACGCAGACGGCGUCGUGGCUCCGAUACCGACUCAGAGAGCGAAGGAGGACGGGAGUCCGCUAGCGACACAGGGGCUUCAGACCGUGAGCCCAGCGCCAAACCACCCCGGCCGCUCCGCAGUGAACUACCAGGAGAGCCCCGCUCCGGACCACACAAACCUGGCAUCGGACCCCAUCACCUGGGGGAGAAAGGAGGGCCCAGGGGAGGAGAUGAGGGAAGGCCCAAGCCAGGCUUCCUGCCCAAAGGAGAUCCUUCACGGCGGGGGAGAGGGGGACUUUUCAGCAGACGAGGGGGGGCCAGGGAGAGAUUAGGUCCUAGGUCAGCUCCACUUAGUCGACCAGGAACCAGAGAGUCAUCCUCCCAGUGGCCCUCUAAACCCAUGGAGACCUUCCGCCCCGAGGACACAGAACCCUCAUCAUCACGCUAUGACAACCGGGACACCCACUCUGACCAACGGCCCAUUCGAGGAGACAGAGACCGGCCGUUCGAGGGGAAGAAGUUUGGGGAGGGGGGACCCCAGAGUAGCAGAGACAGAGAGAGGCCCCGUCGCCCUCGGCCAGCCCGACCCCCCAGACAGGACAAACCCCCCCGCUUCCGGAGGCUGAAGGAGAGAGAGGCUGCUGUCUUAGCUGGAGGAGAGACAGGACCCACCUCCACUGCCCCUCUCCCAGCCUUAGUGCCUGGCCCUGUCUCUGUGUCCCCUACCCUCUCCAGAGCUCCAGGGACCCCCUGUCACCCUGCCUGUAGAGGGGGAACCCACAGCUGCUGACCUGACCUCUGACCCAGCCCUGCCUGAGGCUACCCCUCCCACCACCUCUGCCGUGGGCACCAAGUCACCUGACCUGUCCACGCAGAACUCUUCUGACCAGGCCAACGAGGAGUGGGAGACGGCGUCGGAGAGCAGCGACUUUAACGAGCGUAGAGAACGGGAGGAGAGGAGGGGAGCGCGAGAGGCUGCUAGCGCCACUGCCCAGCCCUCGGCCCCAGCCCCUCUACCCCCUCAGAGCUCAGCACCCCCCAGUAGGACCCCCACCGAGGGAGGGGUGACGCCCAAACGUGAGUCAGCCGGGCCCGCUGGGGGCAGGAGGAGUUUCUCCAGUCAGCGUCCGGUAGAGAGGCAGAACCGCUGGGGGAACAGCGGACCCAAACCAGGCCGCGGCUACGCAGGGGGGAAGGGAGAGAGGAGAGGAGGGGGCAAGGCUGGACGCAGAGGGUGAGUCAUCCACCAAUCUCACACCACGAUUUGGUUUGGCCUUUUAGUUUUGUGCAUUGACUGUUUGCAUGUUAUAUCUUCACUGUUAACAUAAUGAACAAUAUCUUAUUAUAAACCCAUAUUAUACAACCAAACUCCAUGCUCUGCUGUUUCAGUUUGUGAGUGUGAAUAAGAGCUGUGGAAGUACUCUCUUCCUGAAGGACAAAUGUUUCUCAUCCCCUUUCCUAUCGUAUCCUGUUCUAAUUGCUGGCUGUGUGUUUUGGUUUGGAGUUAUAUAUAGAGAGAGCGAGUCAAGGUAUAUUUUUGGUCUGCUACCUCUCUACUGUGGCCGCUCUCUCUGGAGGAGAAUACACUGGGUACACAUCACUCCCUCUCCCUUUCUGCCUGCAUCUCAAUAGUCUAAAGUGGUUUCCUUUCCUUGUCUCCUCACCUUCACCUGCACUGAUGUGAAAGCAAUGUCCUCAAUUACAUUACUAUAUAUUGUGUAAUCAGAAAGGACUACUAAAGAUCCUAAAGUUUUUAGACUAUUGGGAUGCACGUCUUGUUUUUUUUUUAUAAAUCUGCUGUUUCUCUGUACAGUGGCCUGUCCUCUUGUCUCUCUCUCUCUCCCUAACAUGUCUCUCUCUCCUCCCCUCCAGAGCGGCCCCUAACCCAGACUCAGCCCCAGGUGGGGGAGUGGUGCGUACUGGGGGUAAAGACCCUGCUGGACGCAGGAAGGACGAGACCAAACAAACCAAACAGAAACCCAAGGAGAAGGAGAACGCUCUGUUGCAGUUUGACCUAAACAACUAUGCCAGUGAGUCACAUGCGUGCACACACCUGCUAUCUUGUAGGGAUGUAACAAUUCACCCAUACUCAUCGGUCCCCGGUGUAAAUGUUUAAGAUGCGAGUGUAUCGGUCCGCGGGAGCCCAAACCACUCCAAACGAAGCAUGCAUCGGUAAGAAAACCGACCCAAACGUUAUGAAUCGUCGGUUCACUCAAGUGUUUUACUCAUACUUUUUUUCUGCCUUGUUCCAAAAAUACCUCUGAUCUGUUGACUGAAUUGAUGCGUCCUCUCCUUCAGCUUAUCAAACUUUUAUGCAAAUACAGUUACUGCGUAUGACAUUGAUCUACAAGUCAGAUAACUGUGUGCUCAGUGCGAGAGACGCAGCUGCUCGCGCCAACGAGAGGUAGCCCUACCCUGUCUCUGUUCUAAUAUUUGUACUAAAACAGAUAUUAUACCUUCAGCAUUCAGAUGUUUGUAAAAUGGCUUUCGCAAUAUUGAGGGACAACCAAUGUAAUUUGCUGGGUCAUUAUUACCAAAUGCGCUUUAGAAAAUUGUGUUUUACCGGUGGAGCUGUGUAGGCUACCGGAGUGUACACAACUUGCAUAUUGCUGGUUGCACAUCUAACUGCUGAUUGGGGAUAUUCAUUGCCAGGCUCACCGUACAUAAUAUUUCUGGUAGUUCUGCUACAAACAUUUAGUGUGUUUGGUCAUUUUUACAUGAACAGGGUAAAGGUGUAAUUUCAUAACAGGGACAGCAAUAACUUUAUGGAGGGCAGCUCUCCUCCAUAAAGUUCCAAACGGUCAAAACCAUUCGCUUUUGAGACUGGGUGAAGUCCAAAACUGUGUUUAUAUUAAUUGGCUAUGUACAUGUCAUAGCUAAUUUCUAAAGAUAAAUAUUGACAUAUUACUAGCUCAAAACAUUUUAAUCUGCUAUAUGACAAGUUAAUCAGUGGGUGACACAAGGAAGUAAGGGGACAAAAACAUGAAUUGCCCCGCCUAAUCUGAUAGUGGUAGAUACCCUAUGGAUCAGCUCACACAGUAAAUCAUUCACACACACUCUGCUCAGAGAUACCGGCUAAGACCGAUUCAGCUCCUGAGCUCCAUCAGUAUCAGAUAUUAUCAGGCGGCAGGUAGCUUAGUGGGUAAGAGCGUUGUGCCAGUAACCGAAAGGUCGCUGGUUCUAAUCCCCGAGCCGACUAGGUGAAAAAUCUCUGUGCCCUUAAGCAAUGCACUUAACCCUAAUUGCCCCUGUAAGUCGCUCUGGAUAAGAGCAUCUGCUAAAUGACUAAAAUGUAAAUAUUAAUUUAGAAUGGAAAAUGAAUGUGUUCAUGUGACAAUUGUUAGUGCGUCAAAUCGACCUGCAUCGAUUCAUUCCACAAAUCGAAUUGCACAGAAUAGUUUCAAACUAAACGUAUAGUUCCUGUAUCGUAUCGGAGCCCGUGUAUCUAGAUGCGUAUCAAAUCCCUACUAUCUAGUGUCCAUCUUGAAAUUACAUUUUAUUUUUUCAAUAUGCAACGGGUACUGUAAUGCCAUAUUGGCUCAAUACUAGGGCCGGGACGAUACUUGCAUCGCGAUGCUCAUUAGUGUCGUGGCAAGGAAACGGAACAUGAAGCGGAUUUAACUUCUUUAGGAAAACAUCCCUAAUGUUGGAAACAAAUAUUAUGUUGUCACAUUUAUUUCUUUAUUUUCAAAGCUAUAGCACACACUAUUUUACAUACAGCAGGGAUCGUCACAGCCCUACCAAUACAGAAUUUGACAUGCUAUUGUUCUAGAACUUGUACCUUGUCCAUGGAACUGAUGUCACUUUCUAUGUGCUGUCCUGUAGGUGUGGUGAUCAUAGAUGACCAUCCAGAGGUGACGACCUUAGAGGACCCCCAGUCUAACACUACAGACGACGGCUUCACUGAGGUGGUCUCACGCAAACAACAGAAACGACUACAGGAUGAGGAGAGGAGGAAGAAAGAGGAGCAGACCACACAGGUGAGAGAGGGAAGGAGGGAGAGGGGGUGUUCACUUCACCACUGGGAGGCAGUCACUCCUGUAUUUACUAAACACAAGACUUCUAGUCACACUGAGGACCGUAGGACCCUAACAUCUGACAUCACUAACAUGUAUGUUGCCUUGUGUGUCGGUUUAUAGCACUAUGGGAAGAAAGGAUCAGGGGAAAAGGGGAGGGGAGGAGGCAAGCUGCCUCCAAGAUUUGCCAAAAAACAACAGCAGCAGCAUCAACAACAAGCAUCACAACAACCACAGCAAGCCUCAAAGCCGCAGCCUCAACAGCCCUCACCUCCCCCCCAACAACCCCAGCCCCCCCUCUCUGCCUCCAAGCUCCCGCCCCCCUCCCAGUCUGCUGCCUCUCCCCAGACUCUGGAGGGCUCUGUGGCCACCCUACCCCCCGCCCCGACCCCCAUCACCGUGGACUUCACCUCCAAGACCCCCCUUCCCCCCGUGGCCCUGCUCACGCAGCCGCACAGCACUCUGGGUACGGAACUCUGGGAGAACAAGGUGGCCGGAUCCACCAUUCUCCCAGACGUCAAGAAACGUGAGUCACACAACAUCAGGACAGUCAUAUUUCACAACAAGAGAUGACAUUUCAUUAGUUAAAACUUCUACAUGAGCUAGUGUUGUUCAUAUGCUUGGUCUCAUAUCUGUUGUGUGUGUUUCAGUUGGACCUAUCAGCCCUCCUCAGCCUCCUUCAGUCAGUGCCUGGAACAAACCUCUCACCUCCUUCACUGGGACUGUCACUCCUGAGGUACGGACCUCCCUCUCUCGCUGUCUCGCUCUCUCGCUGUCUGUAUAGUAGCCAUCUAGCACAGUGUUUCACAACCUGUAUUGUACAACAGACUGACUAGCUAUGGAUCUGUUCUGUUUCAUUGUGGCUCCAAAUAAAGGGCUUGGUUGGUUAAAGUGCCUUUGUCUGUUGUAGGGAGUGAAGCCUGGCUCAGAAGGCAGUGUGGAUCUAGGGAUGGACAGUAUCCAGUUUGGAGCCCCAUCCUCAGCUGGCAGUACAGACAGCGAUGGUGUACUAGCCAUGCUUGAGCCUGGACCUGACAACAAACUACCUGCUCCUAAAGAACAGAGACAGAAACAGCCUCGUGUCGGGCCUAUCAAAACACAGAAGGUAGGGUACUAAACACACACUGACUGACACAAAUACUCAGAAAAUCCAUGGUGACUGAUACGUUUCUGCAAAUAAUUACAUUUACAUGAUUCUUCAUAGUUUCUCAACUUUAAAUGCAUCUCUUGUCUCUCCUUCCAUCUCCCUCCCCAGCUCCCUGACAUGGAGCCAGUAGAGCCUAAGGAGUACAAGCCUGGCCCUAUCGGUAAAGAACGCUCCCUGAGAAACCGCAAGGCUAAGGACGUCCGCGGGGGGGAGGGAGAGGGUCUGGAUGGGGGGGUAGUACCAGGAGGAGGGACCAGCAGAGCAGUAGACUCCAGCCCCACCAACACAGACACCUCUGUUCCUGAGCUGGGGGGCGAUAUCGAGGGGAUGAUCACCAUACCCUCGGCAGAGUAUGCCUGCAGCUCCAAGGUGAGAGGGGAUGGGUUGGUUGGUAUGGUAUACCCAAUAUUGCCACCAGUCUAUCCACCACAUUCAUGAAUGCUCCAUUCAUUCCAGUUCUAUUGACUUAAACUUGUGUGUGUGUGUGUCCCCUGCAAGGAGUCAGUGACCGACUACACCACCCCCUCGUCCUCGCUGGCUGACAGUGUUCCUACUGGAGGGAGUAAGAUGGAGGAGAGCCUGGUGGCCAAUGUGGCCCUGCCCCACUCUCUGCCUCUCCCUCGUAGAGAGGCCUUACAGCAGACCUCCAGCCUCAGUACUGUCUCUCCUGCUUCUGUUGACCUCACACUGAAGGUACACACACACACACACACACACCACACACCCCAAUGCAUAGUGUGUCUAUCGGCUUCUAAUACGUGAUCUGAUUUCUCUGAUCAGAUGGAGUCAGCCCGUAAAGCGUGGGAGAACUCCCCGAGCCUGGUAGAGAAGAGUUCUCCUGUCAGCUCCUCUUCUCCUAUCACCUCCUGCACCUCCUCUUCCUACUCCUCCUUCUCCUCUGCCUCCAUGCCUCAGAUACCAGUAGCCUCUGUCACACCAAGCACCUCUUUGACAGGUACAGUCUUUCUUUGUAAGUCAAUAAUACUUGUUAUACAAUGCUUUUACAGUAGUACACUAAUGCUAAAUGGAUUGAUGGUUGGGCAACGUCACCCACAUAAACUGCAACAGCAACUGGGUGUAGUGACAUCUCCCCCCUCUAUGUCCUGUCACCAUCCCCCCAGGUGCUGGGACAUACACCACGUCCUCUCUGAGCACUAAGACCACCGCGGCCUCUGAUCCCCCCAACAUCUGCAAGGUGAAACCCCAGCAGCUGCAGGCUGGAUCCAUAGGCGGGACCAACUUCUCCCAGCUGGGCUGUGUGGCCCCCCUGCUUCCCCAGCAGCAACAAACUCCACAGGUCUACGUCUCCCAGUCUGCAGCAGGUGAGUCCUCCAACACAUCUGACGCUUGUAUGCACUUAGAGGUAUGACUAGGGCCAGGAGUUUUUCCUUAACUACAUGACCUCACCAGAAAAUGACUUGGCCCUAGUUAGUUACUUAGACUUAGUCUAGCAGAUACUACUAAACCUGAAUGAACAGUUCUGUUGAAUGGGUCUAGUGUUGUGCUCCUCUCUCGUCUCGUAUCAGUGACUGCUGAGUGAGCCUCUCAUUGGGGAUGCUAGCUAUAGAGCUUACUACAGUGCAGUAGGCCCCAUAGGGAGGUCAGGUAUUAGCCUCUCAGAGAGAGCUGAGCCCACAGGAACAGCCAUCACGGCUCAUAGAGGACAUAAUUACCUCACGUCUCCAUAGAGGACACUCAUUUAGAGAAAGGUCAAUGCAUUCACAAUCCUUAUGUGAUCUGAGAUGGAGACAGCUGUAAUGUUACUGUGAAAGUGAUGCUUGUGAUUAAAAUGUCCUCAGGACACACACAAUAGUCUUGCAUUUGUCAGGAUUGUGGUGAGUUUGUGAAUUGGAGUUUUGAUCCCUUUUUCUUUCACUCGCUCUCUGUCUCUGUGUAGGCUCUGCAGCCCAGAUUCCAGCGUUCUACAUGGACACUAGUCACCUGUUCAGCAACACCCACCCCCGCCUGGCACCUCCCCCUCUGGCACAGCACCAGCAGCAGGGCUACCAGCCUAGACUCUCACAGGUACACACUACAAGGAUCUCUUUAACUAGUCUUAAAGCUUAAACUGCCUUUAAUGUAGCCUUAUUCUCCCCAUGUGUAGCCUUAUUCUCCCCAUGUGUAGCCUUAUUCUCCCCAUGUGUAGCCUUAUUCUCCCCAUGUGUAGCCUUAUUCUCCCCAUGUGUAGCCUUAUUCUCCCCAUGUGUAGCCUUAUUCUCCCCAUGUGUAGCCUUAUUCUCCCCAUGUGUAGCCUUAUAAGGCCUUAUUUUCUCCCCUCCAGCAGCAGGCGGCGGUGCAGCAGAUUCCUAUCCCAAUCUAUGCUCCCCUACAGGGGCAGCACCAACACACACACCAACACACACACUCUCACCAGGCCCAGCUAGGCCUCAGCACCGGACCUCCUGUCUCCCAGCCACAGGACCUCUUCAGCUCCUCACUGCAGCCUUACAGGUAACAAACACACACACACAAUUAUAUGUAUUUAUCAAACAAUGCUGUUUGGUCAAAUGUAUGUAGUGUCAUUCUGACCGGUAAGAGGAGUGUGUGUGUGUGUGUGUUUGAACAUACAAUAUUUCAACUCAUCUCCCAUCUCCCCUCCUCUGUCCUUCAGAUCUCAGCAGGCCUUUAUGCAGAGCAGCCUGUCCCAGCCCAGUCCCAUGAUGUUAUCAGGGCCAUCUCUCCACAGCUACCCCGGGGUUGGGGGACCUGACCUGGGCAAGCCCCAGUCCAGCCUCGCCUACCAGCAGCCCUCCAACACACACACACAGCACAUCCCAAUCCUGUUUGAACCACAGCUCAACCAGCCCUCUGGCAUGGGAGGUUCCCAGCUGAUAGACACACACCUACUGCAGGUAUGGAAGGUACACACAACGUAGUUACAACCUUCUUAUAAUGUAUUCACAACUGUUGAGAACUCAUGUUAUCUUUGUAAACGCUCAAGCAAGCUUCUAUGUGGUCAUACAAGAGCUUUGUAAGAAGUGGUUGGGAAUAUUAUUGUCCUAACCACCCCCCUCUCGCUCUCUCUCUCUUGUUCUCUCUCCAGCGUCAGGGGAUGAGUCCACAUUCUAACCUGUACUCAGGACAGGUGCAACAACACGGACAGAGCAGUUACUAUAGUAACACACAGUCUCCUAGCUCUGCCAUGCAGCAGGUAUACACAUUAUUUACACACUUUCAAACAGAGGCUAACUUCUGCAAAAGGAGGGGUGGGGGGGCAGCGCCAGGAGGAUUGUCAAAACAGACAAUCGUGACAUUGGAACUAACUCACCCCUCCCACUCUACUCCUCUCGCUCUCCCUCCCUCUUUCUCUAGGUGCAAGUCCCAAUGCCAGGCUCCCAGCUCGGUCUUCCUAACUAUGGUUCCGGGGGCGGCCAGCCCCUCCUGGCGCUGCCCCCCACCCCUCCCCAGGCCCAGCCCCCCAACCUCAGCCGCCAGCCCCCGGUCUCCCAGCCCUACAGGGGACCCUUCGGACCCACUCACACACACAGCAUGAUGCAGCCCCCCUCCAGCAAGGUACACACCAGGGAAUGAUAAAAGGUUCAGCAUGUGUGAGAGACACUUUUGUAUGUCUCAAAGCCCUUUCAUGGCCUAAUGGUUUAAUAGAUGCCUGUAUUAUGUCUUCUGCACUGGUGUGUGUGUGUGAGCAUUGUGUUGGUGAGAUGCUAGCAGUAUAUGAUGUAAUGUGUCUCUGCUCUUGUGUGUUUCUAUCCAGAUGUGUGAGAUGGACAUGAAGCUGUUUGGCAGUGGGAUGGACAUGAAGCCUGGGACUCCUCCUCACAGCACUAGGAGCACCACCCCUACACCUAGUCCUUACAGGUAACACACAUUCUCACACACACUACACCUAGUCCUUACAGGGAACACACACUACACCUAGUCCUUACAGGGAACACACACUACAUCUAGUCCUUACAGGGAACACACACUACACCUAGUCCUUACAGGGAACUCUCUCACACACACUACCCCUACACCUAGUCCUUACAGGGAACUCUCUCACACAGACCCUGUCCCACCUUCUACCGGUUGUAUGAGUGUACCAAGAGCUGAUGUAUUGUUGUCUGGUCAGGGCCAGCUCUACGUCUCCCAGCAGCCAGUCCAGUAAGAUGAGCAGCAUGCUGUACCAGAAACAGUUCCAGCCCAGCUCUGCUGCCAUGAGGAUCACACAGCACUUCCCUGUACAGUUCAACCCACAGGUAACACACGCACACACAUACUGGGGCGCAACAGCGUCUCUACUUCCUAAGGCGGCUGAAGAAACUCUGCAUGCCGCCCCGGGUCCUCUCCAAAUACUACUGCUGCACCAUCGAGAGCGUCCUGACCGGUUGCAUCACAGCCUGGUACAGGAAUUGUUCCGUCCACACCACAAGGCUCUCCAGCAGGUGGUGAAGACCAGUACAUCACUGGGACCGUGCUCCCACCCAUCCAGGACAUCUACUCCAAACGGUGCCUGAGGAAGGCCCACAACAUCAAGGACCCCACACACACCCCAGCCACGAGCUGUUCUCUCCCUUACCGUCGGGCAGACGGUAUCGGAGCAUGAGGUCUGAUACCAACCGGCUCAGAGACAGUUUCUAUCUACAAUCCAUCAGACUGCUGAACACUUGAACUGGACUGACCACCUGCUCUGAUUCUCCACACCUUACCACACUCACUCAUGCGCACACACACACCCACACAGAAAUGCGCACACACACACACAUCACAACUGCUGCCACCAGACUCUUAUGAUACUGCUCAAUUUAUACACAUCCCCCACUUCCUCAAUACACAUGUAAAUAUUGAACUAUAAAUUGUACCUGCCUGUAUUAUACUUAUGCUAAAUUCUAUUCUACUGCCAUUUACUUUAUGUUCAUAUUUUUAUAUUUUAUUAUCUAUUGUUGUAUUGUCGAAGGAACCUGCAAGUAAGCAUUUCGUGGGACAAUGUAUACCAUGUGUAUCCUGUACAUACGACUAAUAACAUUUGAAACUUGUGAUAGAGGUCAGCUUAACACUAACCCUUUUUAUUAGAAAGAAAUCCAAGGAAAAAGUGUUGAUGACAUUAACACUCUCCUUCUCUCCCUCCUUUUCAGAUGAUGUCCCAGCCCAACCUGGUCUCUCCUCUGGUACGCCCUCCCCCCCACACCCAACAUGCUAACUCAUUUGGUGGAGGGAUGCAGCGUUCACCUAUGGGCCCGCCCCCCAUGUCUCCCUCUCUGGGAGGGGGUUUGAUUCCUCACCCCCGGCCGCCACCGCAGCAGUUCCCCCAGAUGCACCCCUCCCACCCCCCCAGAGGGCCUCUUCCCCCCCUUGCACCCAGAGGCCCACCGGGUCCCCGAGGCAACCAGGCAGAGCAGGACCUCAAGGUAUAGUACUGCUUGCUGAUUAGUUGACUGGUUGAACUAGAAUGUGCCUGGUGUUGAAAUCCUGAUGUCUCCUAAAUGAACCCAGCAGUAGUGAUGUGGUCGAUUGUGUGACUCAUUUGAUUGCUGUAUUCACUGAUUGCUGUCCCCAGGCGAAGCAGCGAGCGGAGGUGCUCCAGUCGACUCAUAAGUUCUUCUCAGAGCAGCAGCAGCUCAAGGCUCCGUCAGUCUCCAAACCCUCUCGUCUCGACCAGGGGGGCGGCAAACCCCCCCUCGACAUCCUGCCCCCCAACCACCAGACGGUGGGAGUCGUUGAGCGCCCUGAGCCCGACAAACCCUCCCUGUCAGCGGGCAAGCCCAUCCGCACCGGCCCCAUCAAGCCCCAGGCCAUCAAACCAGAGGAGGGG